UCUCUUUAUCUUGCUUAUAAAGAAUUGUAAAACUCAAAUGAUCACUAAUGAGUUUAUUGUUUUUUUUUCUUCUUGAAGGAAUCUGAUGAAACAAGAAAUACUGAUAGUGGAAACAUCAUGUCACCUUCUCUAGUUUUUGAUCUUCAAGUCAAAGACAUCAUUUCAAAAAUUAGCAAAACACUUGGGGCUUAUUACACAAGUCUAUCAUAACAAUCUCAAGAUUUAUGAUGGCUGAGGAGGUGGUUGAUAUUCCAGUGGAUAAGGAUAUAAUCGAUAUCCCUAUGGAUAGGGAGACAAUAAUCGAUAUAAAACCACCUCCCCAAAGAUCAAAGCAAUUAGAUGUUGUUAAUGAUGACAGUCAUGAAAAGAGGACGGAUAUAACUACCGAAUAUUCAACUACUCCAAAAAGUGAGGCAAAAGUUCUAUCCCGUUAUCUCAGAGCUUCUUCAUUGGCCUCAUGUCAUGAUUUGUGCAAAUUUGGACACAAGCACAAUUCCGAGGAAGAACCACGGAUUCCCUUAUCAAGAAUAAUAAGAAUCAGAUUGGCUGAAAUGCGAAAUCAACACAAAACCAGUGAUCUUGACCCAAAAAUGAAGGAAAUUGUCAACAGUCCAAAAUCUUUUCCUAAUUCAAAAGAUAAGCACCAAAAGAAGAUCCGUCAAGAAGUUCUUCCAUCACCACUCAAGUUAGUUGUUCUUUUACAAAAAGACCCAAUGCCAAUAAAAAAGAGACCAAAUAUUUCUGGUGACUUAACAAAGCCGGUGCCCACAAAACUGAGAUUCGCAAUCAGGAGUAAAAGUCACACAACUGUUGUUAAACCACUGCAACCAGUAAAGAAAGUUGCUUCGUCUGUAAAGAGUUUUGUAGGAGCAGUUACUGGAAUGCUUCCAAAAAAUCAGAAAAUUACUAGAAAGUCAGAUGAGUUCAUCAAACGUUCUGAUCGAAAUGUCUCAUCUACGAAGGUCAAGUCCAAGGAAAACAGUCAAAAAGAGGAAGAAAAGAAGCGUAGGAAUAUCAAUGCCCCAUGUGGAAAUUGUUUCACUCAACAAUCUCCUCUUCAUAAAGGAAACAUGAAAUAUGAUAAAACUCUUAUCCAAACGUCAAACUCAAAUGCGAAAGGCAGAAGCAGCACUGGAAGGGCCAGAGUUAUUAAAACAGGUGACUCAACCAGGAAACUAAACUCCAAGAGAGGAAAGCUUGUUGUUAAUUCCCCAACAAAAAUUAAUACUAGUCCAAGUGAGAUUAUGUUUAAUCCUACUGAAAUAUUGGUUGAGAAUGGAUAUGAAAAUAGCAAUAUGAUAAGUUGCAGCUUGAAUAAAUCUGUGACAGAUGAAUUGGAUAGGUCAGACACUGAAGAACAACAACCCAAGCAAAUUAUUGAGAAAAAUGGAGAAGAAGAAGAAGUAAAUGAAAAAGGAGCUCAAAAUCUAUCCAAUAUUGAUGAAGAGAAAGAUAAAGUUGAUUCAUCAAGGAAGCUCAUCUUCAAGAAAGGUAAGAUCAUUGACAACAACCAGCCUCAGAAUAUUAGUCCAAUGAGACUUAUGUUUAAGCUAUCCAGAGUUAUAGUUGACUGUCAAAACACAAAGGUUCAUACGAGAAUAAGUGGGUUAAAAAGUAAAGAUAUUGAUAAGUUGGAUUAUGGUGUAAACGAGAAAAAUCGUGAGCAAGUCGUUCUUAAACACCGACUUGUAGAAGGAAAAAAAGAUUCUCAGAGUUUGAUUAAUAAUGUAAUUGAAGAAAGAGCUAACAAGCUUGUUGAAUCAAGGAAGAGCAAGGUCAAGGCUCUAGUUGGUGCUUUUGAAUCUGUUAUCUCCCUUCAAGAUACCAAGCCAUUGGCAACUGUAAAUUCUUCUUAAAUCAUUAUCUAACCUGGGUUUCUCUACCAAUCCCCAUUCCCCUUUGUUAACUUUAAAGAAAUUGAUAUUCUUCAUUGUUCUUUAUAUCUUACUUAGAUAAACUCAUGAAACUGUUAAUGAGAUUGUC